AUGAAUCAGUGUAGUAAGAUGAAGCUUUGUGCUGCAGAUUUCAAUGGUGUGGUGUUGGUGCAGAAUUAUAUAAACAGAACUGGUCGUGAAGGGUGGGCUAGACAGUUCCGAGAAGCAACAAAGGAGAAGGAUGAAUCUGCUCUACUAAAAGUCAUGUCAAAUUAUGGUGAAGAAGUGGUUACUGCUCUAGGAAGUGAAGUUGAUAGGCUAGAGAAGGAAAUCCAGGAAAUUGUUCCUGGCAUUCGGCACGUUGAUAUUGAGGCCCACAAUCCAAUUGGUCCAUCCCCAUGA